AAAGAAGACUUUUGUUUACUUAUCUGCCGUUGGUAUAGCGAUGCCUAAAGUAAAAAGAACUGGUUCUACUGUUAUCCACCCAAACAGCAGAAAAGCUCUGCAGAUAGCUCGGGAAGAGCAUCGAAAUUCGAGGCUGGAAAAGAGAAGAACUGAAUUGAGCCAGAAACAACAGGCCAAAUUAAAGAAAUUCAAGUGGUUCAGAGAUAAUAUAGAUGUUAAAAAACUUGCUUAUUCUUCAGAAGAUAUAAAAGAAUUACUUGAUAGGUAUUUCCAAAGAUUUAAAGAGGAGGAGACGAAAAUUGAGGAACAGAAAAGCAUUAAAGGCCGGCACGUGUAUGACCGAAUAUCUCAUCAGUAUAAAAUUUCAUUUCUUCCACAAAAAGAGAAAAGCGAUUUUGAAACUUCUGGACUAGAAAUUCCUAAUUUAACUAAGAAACAGUCUUUUGAAUACUUUGUGAAUUGGGAUGGAGAUGCUCGCUUUUUAAAUGUAAUUGACACCAUAGUCAUUUCAAAAAAAUCAUUGGAAGAUUCCAUAUCCAGAUCACAUAAGAAAGGAAAUGUAGAUAAUGCAUAGAAUUUAUAUACAUUUACCAUAUUGAUUUAAAUAAAUGUACAUAUAAAAUUCA